UGAAAUGUCAAAUUUUGUGUGGCUCCCACCCAUUUUGAAUUUGACGCGGAGUUUAUAAAUGAGGGACGUGAUUUUAAAUUUUAUAUCGUAUUUUCAGGGGGUAUGCGAUAAUUCCUUUGUUUAAGGUAAACAAUUAUUUUCAUUAUAUUAAUGUGAUAGUGUUGUGAUUGCAGGUGUUCUUGAAUACAUAAUCAACUAAAUAAAGAAUGUCAAAAAACACUUCUACUCAAGUAUUCCGACUGCUUAAGCAUGCGCGACGAGACUUUUUAGCAUUAAGGUCUAUUUACGUCUUGUCUCAAGAGCCCCAAAUACAAAAAUAUGACAAAAAAAACAAAUAUUAUUAUUCUACAUCAGACCUACCCGCGUCAACUUUAGUAAAAGACCAUCAAAACGAGGUUCAACAAAAACUAGAACUUAAUCCGCAAUAUACAAAUAAGGGUUAUCGACAAUAUUCCACUGCCUUGGACUUGCUUCCAGAAAUAUUUGAGAAAAAGUUUAUUCAAAGAACACCAGUCAAGCGAGUUGAGAAGUCUAUAAAAUCGUAUGCUGAUAUUCCUGGACCUAAAGAAUUGCCUUUUGUGGGUAACGCCUGGAGGUUUGCACCUAUUAUUGGACAAUACAAGAUACAUGAGUUGGAUAAAGUUAUGUGGUCUUUGUAUAAAGACUAUGGUCGUAUUGUUAAAGUUGGUGGUCUAAUAGGUCAUCCAGAUUUGCUAUUUAUUUUUAAUGGCGAAGACAUAAGAAAAAUUUUUAAAAGGGAAGAAACUAUGCCUUACCGUCCUUCAAUGCCCUCAUUACAUUAUUACAAACAAAAACUCAUGAAGGAAUUUUUUGAAGGAAACGAAGGUAUUAUUGGAGUACAUGGACCAAAGUGGGAUACUUUUAGAAAACAAGUUCAACAAAUCUUAUUACUUCCCAAUACAGCUAAAAAAUACGUUGAACCUUUAGAUCUUAUUGCUGGUGACUUUCUUAGGCUAAUGGAACAAUCGCUAGACCAUAAUAGGGAGCUUCCAGAAAAUUUCCUUUCAGAAGUAUACAAAUGGGCUCUAGAAUCCGUGGCUAGAGUGUCUUUAAAUAGAAGACUUGGUUGCCUAGAUCCAAACUUAUCAAAGGAUUCAGAAUCACAGAGAAUUAUAAAUUCGAUAAAUACAUUUUUUUGGAACGUUGCUGAGGUUGAACUGAAAAUGCCGGUAUGGAGAAUAUACAAAAACAGGAGUUUUAGAAAAUAUAUUGCAGCUUUGGAGGAUUUUAGAACGCUUUGUUUAAAAUACAUUACCCAAACAAUGAAAAGGAUGGAAACAAAAAAUUAUAAUAAUGUAAACGAAGAAGAUGUUUCCAUAGUGGAGAGGAUUUUGAUAAAGACGAAAAAUCCAAAAUUGGCUGCCGUUCUGGCCUUAGAUCUGCUUCUUGUAGGUGUUGACACAACCUCCAUAGCUCUAGCAUCCACAAUAUACCAACUUAGUCAAAAUCCACAAAAACAAGAUAUUUUAUAUAGAGAAUUAAAACAAAUUAUGCCAGAACCAGACACAAAAGUUAACGUUAAGGCACAAGAAAAUAUGCCUUACCUUAAGGCUUGUAUAAAGGAAACACUAAGAAUGUAUCCAGUAAUAAUAGGAAACGGCAGGAGUCUACAAUCGGACACGGUUCUCGCAGGAUAUAAUAUACCUAAGGGGACGCACGUAAUUUUUCCUCAUUUGGUGGUCAGCAAUAUUACAGAUUAUUUUUCAGAACCUGGAAAAUUUAUUCCUGAAAGAUGGCUUAAAAAAAAAGCUGUUGAAAGUACUGGAUGCCCCAUACAUCAUGAAAAUAAAGUACAUCCCUUCGUUUCAUUGCCCUUUGGUUAUGGUAGAAGAUCGUGUUUAGGACGGAGAUUUGCUGAAAUUGAAUUAAACGUUUUGCUGGCGAAGAUUUUUAGAAAAUACAAGGUGGAGUACAACUAUGGCCCACUAAGCUAUAAAAUAACCCCCACUUACGUACCUGAACAACCAUUAAAGUUUAAGUUAGUUGAGAGAAACUCUUAAGUUUUAUUUUGUUAAAUAAUUUAAAGUAUGAACUGGUUAUCGAAAGGAAACUUAAUUUAAUUUAACAAUAUUUUUUUACUUAAACUCAUAUUUUAUUUUAACUUAUUUAAUAUUAGGUAAAUUAAACUAAGGGCUAGGUCAAAAGAGAUAUUGUUUGCUUUUUUUAAUUUUAGAAUACAGCAAAAUUUUAAUAGAAAACAGUGUUAGAAAUUAAGGUCCUACAUAAAGUAUUAGUAAAAAUUU